AUGAACUCAGAUCCAGUUCCUUCGUCAUCGCCAGCAUUUGGCACGCCUGCUCAUCCUAUACGGUUAAACAAGCUCACAUCAAUUGCAACCCGAGCAUCUGUACUUCCCAUCCUCCUCCCUGCCGCCACACUUCGGCCUGUCGCAUUCCGUACAUUCACCAGGAAGCACAAUCUGACACUGUCAUCACCGGCACUUCAGUCCCUCGCAGCAUUUGUUGGCAAGAAUUGUGGCUCAGGAUGGCGCGAAGAAGGUCUUGCGGAGCGCGUGCUCGACGAGGUAGCCAAGAGCUGGAGGAAGGCUGGGGGUGGUGUCAUCGUUGAGGAGGGUAAAGGAGCCUCGCUGAAAGCCAUUUUGCAAACAUUGGAAGGAAAUAUGAGUGGCGGCCGAAUAGUUGAUCCAAGACUCACUCCGAGAGAAGGAUCAGGGAAAACAAUCCCCACUCUAAACCCCUCCAAUUCGAUGGUAUCGGACGACAACGAGGUGGACGAGUCAGAAGAUACAUUGGCCCACCCCAGGCAUUGGGUUAAAGUCAUUGAAGCAUUCGAGACUCCAAGGCUGACCUACAAUGCUGAGAAGAAGCAUUUUGAGGUUAUAAAGUUCAAACCUUCUCUAUUCCCUAACCCUUCUCAGAAGACAACUCUAUUCCGAGACCGAUAUAACAUUGUACAUCAGCGCCUACUACGAAAUGAAUCAUUUCAGGUUUCACUGGCCGCUGGCGGCAUUCCUGCGUUGCGGCGGUCCGGCUCCUCGUUCGCCAGGAGCCAGGCGUACCGGUUGACGCCUGUUGCAAACCUACUCGGCAGAAGUGGUACAUCUCACCUGCUGCUUGGGUUGCUUUCUACAUCCCCUACCGGCGAAUUGGCACUCACCGAUUUGACGGGCAGCAUUGUUCUAGACCUAAGUCACGCUCAAAUGAUUCCUGAAAACGGCGCCUGGCUUUCGCCAGGCAUGUUUGUACUUGUCGACGGAGUAUACGAAGAGGAGGACAACGUCAGAGGCUCAGCUUUGGGCGGAAAUACGGGAGUUGGAGGUGCAAUAGGCGGUAGAUUCGUUGGUGUCUCUAUAUGUGGACCUCCCUGUGAGCGCCGAGAUACAUCGCUUGGGAUGAAUAUCCAUGAAAAGAGUCAGGAUAUCAGCUCGAGCGGGGGUUUUGGAUGGGUAGACUUCUUGGGAGUUGGGAGUGAACGUGCCCGAGGGUCUCGAAUGAGGCAAAUCCAAACGCGAAGUUUGCGAGAGGUUCACGAUGGGAUGGAGCUACAUCGUCGCCUUAAGAUCGUUAUUAUGGGAGAGGUGAAUCUUGACAACAUGAAGACUCUGGAUGCGUUGAAGAAGCUCUUCGGCCAAUACAACGAAAUGCCCUUGCAGGAUCGCCCUGUGAUCUUUGUCCUCAUUGGGAAUUUCGUCCAAAAAGCUAUAAUCAACGGCGGCGGUCAAGGCGGAAGUAUCGAGUACAAGGAGUGUUUCGACAUGCUCGCCCUCGUCUUAUCUGAUUUCCCUUCGUUGCUACAGCGCUCCACGUUUAUCUUCGUACCUGGCGACAACGAUCCAUGGUCUUCUGCUUUCUCAGCUGGAGCAUCUUCGGCAAUUCCCCGCCACGCAGUCCCCGAUCUAUUUACUUCCCGGAUCAAACGUGCAUUCGCAAACGCGAACUCUCAGUUGGACCGGAACCAAAUAUCAGAGCCUCCAGGGGAGGUUAUCUGGACGAGCAACCCAUCCCGUAUUUCAUUGUUCGGCCCUGUUCACGACAUUGCUAUACUCCGCGACGAUAUCUCUGGCCGACUUAGACGCAGCGCAGUGAGCGUUGGCGACAGUGAAACAACAGAAAUGGAAGACGCUGCUCCAAGUCGCAAUGCCACAGCAGGUCUCGAUCUCGAAGGAGACGAUCGCAUGCAGGCGCUAGAGCAACAGAGCAUCGGCAACAAAUCCAAUCAAGCCUAUCCGUCCAUGGUGCAGUCGGCUCGCAAGCUUGUCAAGACAGUUUUAGACCAAGGUACCAUGUCUCCUUUCCCGCAAUCAUUACGUCCUGUUUUGUGGGACUACGCAUCGGCUCUGCAGCUAUACCCCCUUCCCACCGCAUUCAUCCUGGCAGACUCUGAGAUUGCGCCGUUUUGUGUGACGUAUGAGGGAUGCCAUGCUAUGAAUCCAGGGAAGUUUAUUCCAGAUGGAGAUUUAUCGGCCAUGACGUGGAUUGAGUAUGACAUACUGAAGAACCGUGGCCGCGUGAAGGAGGAUCGCUUUUAG